GAACACUACCACACCCGUAUUUUGACCUGAAACUUCUCUCGCCGGUGUGGUAGUAGAGCGAGAGCGAAGGGAUGGGGAUAAUGAAGAGCUGCGUCGUGUUCGUGAUGGGAACGGCUUAUGGGGUAUACGUGGCGCAGAAUUACGACGUUCCCGAUAUAAAGAAGCUGACAAACACAGUUCUCGUCAUCAUCGAGCAUAUCGAAAAGAAUCAUCGCAAACCCAAGAAGGACGAUGUCGUUUGAUUUUGAUCUCGGUUUUGCCCAUCUCAAUUUGUUUCCUUUUCUCUUUUUUGGUACUAUUUCAUAAAUUAUUAACCCCUUUUGAUCGGGAUUUUACUGUAUAAUUUAGGGAUUAUUAUUUGGUUUGAUUUGAAAAUUGAAGAGUAUGUAUACAGAAGAGAGAAUUGAGAUUUCACUGUGGCAAA